AUGGCGUCUGAAGAUGGAGGGGGCAUUUUGCCGCUGGAGACUCUGAGCCUCCGCGCAGUCCCUCUGACGACCCAUAACAUUGCUUGGUCCCCCGACGCCGAACUCGCAAUCGCGUCCGACGACUGUGUCUAUCUUUACCUGCCCGAGUUUCCCUCAAAGGGGACAUCGGCGACGCCAAACUCACUCGCGGAUCUGGACACCCGGCGGCAAUAUCAUGAGAUUGGACUUCGUUUCCCGGUUGUCGAGCUGCGGAGACCCGUGCUCAAUCGACCAUUGUUCGAUGAAGUCAAACAAGAAUUCCCAGACUUCGAACCCGACUUUGGAUCCGGACAGAGCGUGGUGGCCAAUGUUGGGAACUCCCUGAACCAUGUGGUCGCCAUCGAAUGGUCCCCUGGUGGGCUAGGGAGGAUGAAGAGAUCCGUCCUAGGCGUACUUACCGGCAGUGGCGCUCUGACCAUCUACUGCGAGGGAAUAUCCAGCGUUGUAGGUGGUGUGAAAAUCAAGGGUCGAAAUAUUCGGACGAUUGGAUCUUGGGUCGCCCCUUGGAGCGUCGGAGGCAACAUGCUACUUCCACGGGCCAAGGGCCACGAUUCUCCAUACUCGAGGGAGUAUGUGACUUCCUUCUCAUGGGCGAGAGACCUCGAUAGAAACGGUUCAUUGCUGGCUUAUAUGAAUGAUGAGGACGAGAUCGCCAUCCUGGUCGUGCAAUCGAAACAUGCAUCUUCGGGCGAAGACAACGAUUCAGGCAAAUGGAGAGUAGAAGAAGUAGCCAGGUUCAGUGGAGAAGGGCCCCAUGGCAAAGGCGAUCCAUCGGAUCCAGACUACUCGCCAACUGGCUCUUCCUUCGCUUUGAAAUGGAGUCCCUGGCUGCAGCGUCCUGGCUCUCGAACUGCGAUUCUUUCGUAUGUCACCAGGAAUCACGUCGGAUUCCGGCAGGUUACUAUCAAAGGAGGCUGGUACGAUAUGAAAACACCGGAGAUAGAAGUACAGCCUGUAGAUUGCACGGGUAUCUGCUUGCAUCUUGCCCCGGAUGCAUUCGUUGUCUGGGAAGACUUGAUAUGGACGAAGGGUUCAUCCAAAGAGUGCCGAGGCAUCAUCGCUACCCCCUUCGCAGUCGAGUCCUUCAACGUUGGAUUUGAUACCACUGCCGCACCUGAGACUACUGCAAAACACUCGACACUUGACUGCAAUAGCACCUAUCCGCCACAAGAGAUGGCUGAUCAGAACUUUAACCCGAUCACUGGUCUGGUUAUUCACCCACCUGAUAUCUCGAAGACCACAGACAGUCCCUACUUCUCACUUACCCGCUUAUCUGCCACACCCACCAACACGGAUUGGUAUCAGACGAAUCUUCCUCUGCCUCCAAACCCCGAGGAUACUUCUGCAAAGCCCCAGCUGAUCUUCCAGAUAUCGGAAAUUCUUGAAGCCACGCAGCCCUUUUCGUUAGCAUAUCGCCAUCACAACCAGGGCGGCUCAGCAGCGUCCGGAUCCGAUGCUGAAGGGAGUGAAGACGAAGAGAACGAAGAAGAAGAAGAAGACCCAGAAGAUGAAGAUGACGAAGAUUUCGACUAUGAUUCCGAGGAAGAAGGAGAGGAGGGUAAUGCCACACUUGUUCAGGAGCUGAAUGAUCCAUUGGAUGGAAUGGAAAAGGUUCACGUGAAUCGCAUCCGCAUUUGGGGCAUGUCCUCAACCCCGGGAGGGGGAGUCACUGCUAUAUUCAUCACAGUCAAUAAUGCUAUCAAACCCGAGCGCCACACAUUUGCCGGCUUGAGAUGUAAGGUUCUCUUUGGCCGAAGCACAAACAUCGUCGACGAGGCGUUCCUCUCUACCCGGAAGCUGUCAACCGAAGCUCGCGCUUUCGAAUGGAUGUAUGGCGGUGGCCCGCGUGUGCCUGGCGUUGCUCAGCCGAACGAGGUGCCCGCUGAGGCCAGCUCAAAACACCAGAAGCUAAGGGACACGCUGCGGCCUGUCGCCGAAAAGCAGGUUUGCGUAUUUUGCGGUGCGGCGCUGACAGUUCUCGGCAACGUUUCGAAAUGUACAAAGGGUCACGUAUUCGAGAAUUGUGCUGCAAGCGGUCUGCCCAUACUGGCUCCAGGGGUUUCAAACACCUGCGGUAUUUGUGGCUCCAAGUGUCUCAAGCCGGACGAUCUUGUAGCCAUGGCUGGUGACACUGCUGCAUCUGCAGCAAGACAGAUUUCGAGUGAGCUGUGCGGAGGGUGUGGAGGCAAGUUCUUGAGCCAAUAG